AUGGAGAAACAGAUAUUUGGAUUAAAAUUCGCUGCAAAACAAAUGCAACGUUGUGCAAUUCGUUGCAACAAAGACGAGGUGGAUUCUAAGAAUAAAUUAAAGGCUGCUAUCAAGAAGGGGGACCAUGAAGGUGCAAGAAUCCAUGCAGAAAAUGCGAUUCGACAUAAGCACACCGCAACCAGCUAUCUGAGACUUGCUGCGCGAAUCGAUGCUGUUGUCUCUAGGGUUCAGACAGCCAUGACUACCAAGAAUUUUACUAAGAGCAUUAUGACAGUUGUCAAUUGUAUGGAAAAUGCAGCCAAGUCUAUGGAUAUGGAAAAGGUUAGCUGUCUCAUGGAUAAAUUCGAAAGAGAAUUCGACAACAUGGAUAUACAGUCAAAGCUUGUGAGCUCCUCGCUAGCCAAUGCGAUGUCCAUUUCAACUCCUGAAAAUGAAGUUCAAGGACUGAUAAAUCAGGUAGCUGACGAAACUGGAAUAGAACUGAACUAUGAACUCCCUGGUUCUACUCACGGUUCAGUUUCGGUGGCCCCUAUUUCAGCGGAGGAGGAAGAUGGUCUCACGCAACGCUUAGCUAGACUUAGACAAUCGUGA